AUCGUGUAUACCGAACCAGACCACAGAAUUAUAUGUCCACCCUAGUUUUGAUUCCGCGAGGGGAGCCGUAAAAACAACGAAAGAGUUUAGCUCCUUCCUCUCCUCUCCCCGCUUCCCACCGAUGAUGUCGCCGGUAACAGCCACACUCCUCCGCCACCGUCUCCGCCACUUACGCCACCACCACAUCAGGCUCAACUCCACCGCUGUUCCUUCUCAUUUCAAUCUCCCUCUCAACCACCCUACCUACUUAAUCUGGUCGGCCAACACUUCCCUCGGCAAAACCCUCGUCUCCACCGGCAUCGCCUCCUCCUUCCUCCUCCACCAACCUUCCUCCUCUCCCCCCGCAGCACAUUCCUCAAAACUCCUCUACUUGAAACCUAUCCAAACCGGCUUCCCUUCCGACUCCGACUCUCGCUUCGUCUUCUCCAAGCUCGACUCCCUCUCCCUCCGUUGCCGGAUUCCUCUCUCCGUCUCCAACUCCGUCCUCCGUUCCUCGCUCCCCGUAGCGGAAUCUAUGAGACGGAAUAUCAAAGUCAGCGAGAGUGGGAUGUGCGAUUUGAAUUUCAGGGAGGAGAAGACUGUCACCGGCGCGCCGGAGCUUCUGUGCAAGACGCUGUACGCUUGGGAGGCGGCUAUCUCUCCGCAUUUGGCGGCGGAGAGGGAACACGCAACGGUUGAGGACUCCGUCGUGUUAAAGAUGGUGGAGCAAGAGAUGGAAUGUGGAAGUAAAGCAAAUGUUCUAUGUUUGGUGGAAACCGCCGGUGGAGUUGCUAGUCCGGGGCCAUCGGGGACUCUUCAGUGCGAUCUCUACAGGCCUUUUAGAUUACCGGGGAUUCUCGUUGGAGACGGUAGGCUCGGUGGUAUCUCCGGGACUAUUGCUGCUUAUGAGAGUCUAAAACUUCGAGGAUACGACGUUGCUGCUGUCGUUUUUGAGGAUCAUGGACUUGUUAAUGAAGUUCCGUUAAAUUCGUAUCUAAGAAACAAGGUGCCUGUGCUUGUGCUCCCACCUGUUCCCAAGGACCCUUCAGAUGAUCUUAUUGAAUGGUUUGUUGAAUCCGAUGGUGUGUUUAAGGCUUUGAAGGAGGUAAUGGUAUCAGUUUAUUUGGAGAGAGUGGAUAGAUUAAACGGCAUGGCGAAGCAAGCAGGGGAGGUUUUCUGGUGGCCGUUUACUCAGCAUAAACUUGUGCCUGAAGACAAUGUGACGGUUAUAGACUCCCGAUGUGGUGAAAACUUUUCAGUAUUCAAGGCUUCCGAUAACAAUUCUAUUACCCAGCAAUUUGACGCUUGUGCAAGCUGGUGGACACAGGGGCCAGAUCCUGCUUUCCAGGCUGAGCUUGCUAGAGAGAUGGGUUACACUGCUGCUAGGUUCGGGCAUGUUAUGUUCCCUGAGAAUGUAUAUGAACCUGCCUUGAAAUGUGCUGAGCUCUUAUUAGAUGGAGUGGGAAAAGGCUGGGCUUCUCGAGUAUACUUCUCGGAUAAUGGAUCCACAGCAAUCGAAAUUGCCCUGAAGAUGGCAUUUCGUAAGUUCUGUGUUGAUCAUGAGACCCUAUUGGGUCUUUCUGAGGAUGCGGAAGAGAAGAAGCAUGUUGAUGUUAAGGUCCUAGCUCUUCGAGGGUCUUACCAUGGGGAUACUUUAGGAGCGAUGGAAGCACAAGCACCAUCACCUUACACAGGCUUUCUCCAGCAGCCAUGGUAUACUGGAAGAGGCAUGUUUCUGGACCCUCCUACUGUCUUUAUCUCCAACGGAGCAUGGAAUCUCUCUCUCCCUGAAAGUUUUCCUCAAACUGCUUCGGAAGAAUCUGGAACCUUCACCACUCGUGAUGAGAUAUUUGACAAGAGUAGAGACACAUCGGUUCUUGCGACAAUCUAUUCAGCAUACGUGUCAGAGCAGUUACAAGAGUAUUCCAAAAGUUCACAAUCCGCCCACGUUGGAGCACUGAUAAUAGAACCAGUGAUUCAUGGUGCUGGGGGAAUGCACAUGGUUGAUCCGCUUUUCCAACGAGUUCUGGUCAAUGAGUGCCGUAAUAGAAAAAUUCCAGUAAUUUUCGAUGAAGUGUUCACAGGUUUCUGGCGUCUUGGAGUAGAGACUACUGCUGACCUUCUCGGUUGCAAACCGGACAUAGCUUGCUUCGCCAAAUUGCUGACUGGUGGAAUGAUUCCAUUGGCUGUCACUCUUGCAACAGAUGCCGUGUUCGAUUCAUUUUCUGGAGAUUCAAAGCUUAAAGCCCUGCUUCAUGGUCACUCAUACUCAGCUCAUGCUAUGGGUUGCGCAACAGCAGCUAAAGCUAUAGAAUGGUUCAAAGAUCCAGAGACUAACCAUAACAUCGAUUCACAAAGAGGAACCUUAAGAGAGCUGUGGGACGAAGAACUGGUGCUACAAAUAUCAUCCCACUGUGCAGUUGAAAGGGUGGUUGUAUUAGGAACCGUUUUCGCUCUAGAACUUAAAGUAGAUGCUUCCAAUUCCGGGUAUGCUUCCUUGUACGCAAAGUCCCUUCUAGAGAUGCUCCGGGAAGACGGUAUUUUCAUGCGUCCUCUGGGAAACGUUGUAUACCUCAUGUGUGGCCCUUGCACAUCUCCGGAGAUUUGCCACCGGUUGCUCACUAAACUUCACAAAAGGCUCGGAGAAUUCAAUAGAGCAUGAAAACCCAAAACACACUCUCCAUGUUAGCUCUUUGUUGUAUUAUUAAUCACACCUUUACUACUUUGUCAACAUACUCCGUAUUUGUUUCAAAUUAAAGUACUUUUGGACUUGGGA